AUGGCAGCAGCCUAUCGUGUUGUGGUGAGCAGUGUGAGCUGCUACAACAGUGUGGUAGUUGACCGGCGCACUCACUCCCAUGCUGUGCACUACUGCUCAGGGCCAUGUGGGGCACUCUCCCAGGGUCUAGACUGCACUGUCGCACACCGCGGCACCUGCUCCGAGCUGCUUGUUGCACCUGACCCUGUAUACACUGACACGAACAGCUCACCCAUACACUCCCGUAACAUGAUCACUCAGCAACUUCCUAACCAUGGUAAAAUUAGUGUUACCAUGGAUACUAGUUAUAAUGGUUGUCUAGAGAGGGCGGGUAGCAGUGGCAAUUUGUCUUUAGUGGAGGACAGCCCCACGUGGAGAGGUAAAAAGACCCCAAGUUGCGGAGGAUCGACUGGGAACCUGAGCUCCGCUGGCAGUCUAAAGGACAUAACUGAAGAGGCCAUCAACCUUGCCAGUGGUAAGCUCAAAGAGUUUUCUUUUGACAAACUCCGCCUCUCCUCUUCGAGCCAUGUCACCUUCCGGAAAGGUCGUAAAGUCCGUCCUGACUCUUUUAGCCGACGCUCCACUGACCUGGAGAUUAUCUACGGCCACUUCAGCUCUAACAUAACCACUAAUGGAACGAGUAAUGGCAUGAUAAAUGGCACGGCUACUUGUAAUGAUGAGAACAUUCCACCAUUUGUGCUGGGGAAAGGGGCAGGGCUGGAGGAGACAAAGCUAAAGGGCAACUCGGGCACCUUGUCAGCCAUCACCAAAGUAGGUGGUGGCUCAACAAGCAGCUUAACAAAUUUUGGGUCAUUAGACCAAAGUCUGAACACAGUGGCCUCCCUGUACCGCAACACCCUUGGAGAGGAAAAUCUGAUUGCCCGUCUGCUGGAGAAGACACGAGCAGAGGCGGGUGCUGGGGGAGCAGGCGGGGAGGACAUCCGUGCCUGCCUUGACAUUCUGCUUAAAUGUUCUGAAGACCUAAAGAAAUGUACUGAUAUCAUCAAACAGUGCAUCAGACGCAAAGCUGGUGGAGGGCCAGAGGAUGGAGGAGCCAGUCCAGACAGCAUGUAUCGGGCCGUGAUGACCCGACUCAGCUCCUAUCUGAAAAGACUGCCUCUGGAGCUGGAAGGAAUUGGGGGUUUGGGAGGCAGUGGGCAGGGGGGUCAAGGUGCACCUGGAAGUGGGCACAGUGAUUUGGCGGAACUGGUCAACACUCUUCACUCCAUCCAACAGGGACCUUACUCUCCCAUAUUUGGCAAUGAGCAACCUCCUCGCUAUGAGGAUGUGGUGCAGUCAUCUCCUAUCCCCAAGACUGUUCCUCAUUCUGCAUCUUGUAGUCACUCCUCUCUUUCAUCUUCCUCCACAUUGUCUUUGAAAUCAGACUCCAUCCAUACCAAACCAGUCCAAAGCUCCCCACCCAGAACCAGUUUCCUUACAAAUGGACUACAGCAUCUGCAUUCUUUCUCUAUCGCACAACACACACUCUCUCCCCCAUCUGUCACCUGCUCUGCAUCCAGCUCCUCUCCAACACAGUCUCCUUCCCCUCUACAUACUUCCCCAACCCCACCAUACACACACACUCCUCCAGCAUCCCCAAUGGAGGCUCUUUAUAUUGAGGAGGAGGAAGCAGAUGUAGGCAAGACACUAGAACAAAUCUCACAACAGACACUCACUCCAACCAGAGGGGUAAACACUGUCCAGAACAAAAACGGGACUGUGUUAAGUCAGCACAUGGACACACUCCAUAACACUUCAAAUACUUUGCCAGCCAACACUGGCUACAGCCCCACUUGGCCUUCCUCUGCCCCGCUAACAGUCUCAGCACCCAAAACUGUCUCACACAGGAAUGAUGACAUCGACAAGCUGCUGAUGGACUUGGAGAAUCUGUCUCAGAGUAUGAGCCACCCCAGAAACACUGAGCCUCCACUUCCAGCCAAGACCAGGAGGAGAGAGGGGGGGCAGGGGAUCUCCAAUGAGGCCCUCACUCAGCCCAAAAUUGCCCAGUUCCAAGUCCAGCAGCAAGCUAGCCACUUAACAAUUAACGGCCCUAGCUCCAGGACUCCCCCGAGUCUCACUCCUCCCCAGGGAGAGAACAGUGAAGCUUCGGUAGGGGAGGAGGAGGAUGGGGCCCUUCUGCUGAGGAUCCUGGAGAGCAUUGAGAGUUUUGCCCAGGAGCUGGUGGAUCAUGGGGCGGGAAGCACAGGGAGUGCUGAGAGGAAAUGUGGGAAGGAGCGAGAGGUGAUGAGGCUCCUGCAGGAUACACUGGCCACCACUGGCAGGGCUGAUACCCCUCUGGAGAGCACAAACCCACCAGCUGCCGCUCCCACUGCUCCAUCAAUGCACACAAAUGCGGUCCCAGCUAUACCGCCAAAAAACUCCCUGGCAAAUACACUUGCAGUUUCACCUACAACAUCCGAAUCUGUGUGCAAUGCUACUUGUGAACCUGCACAUAAGCCUACACCUGAUGUUGCCCCCAAACCUCUGCCUACACCCAUACCUGAGCCUACAACUGAAGCUACAGAUACAGCUACAGAAUCCUCUACAGGUGACAUUUCUGCUCCUGUAAAAUCAUCACCUGCAAGCUUGUACUCAACCACACAUUCAAUCGACCUUACACCUGUAGCUGCACCUGAAGCUCCAGCCCCCGUUGCCAUCCCAGCCACAGAAGCUACAAGAGAAUCUGCCAUUGCUGUUGGUGACCCUGCUGCUGUGAGAGACACUGUUUCAACCCUACUCAUCCAGCAGACUCCAGAGGUGAUCCGAGUACAGUCCAAACCAGACAAGAAACCGGGCACACCUCCACCAGCCCCUGCCCCUGUCCCGGCCACACCCGUCCCCACACCGCGCUCACCCAGCCCUCCAGCAGCUCCGGUGAUAGUCACCCCUCCUCCCCCUGCCAUCAACAUUCCCAGGUUCUACUACCCCCGUGGGCUCCCUGCCCUGGGCAAGGCUGCCAACCACGAUGAAGCGAUCGCUGCCAUCGAGACGGCAUUCACGGAGUUUGAGGAGGAGAAGGCUGACAUAUAUGAAAUGGGCAAGAUUGCAAAGGCAAGCGGGUGUCCACUUUACUGGAAGGCCCCCAUGUUCUACGCAGCAGGUGGUGAGAGGACAGGCUUUGUCUCUGUUCACUCCUUCAUUGCAACCUGGAGGAAGUUGUUGCACAGUUGCCACGAUGAUGCAUCAAGGUUUAUUUACCUGCUUGCCAAACCUGGCUGCAACUACCUGGAGCAGGAGGACUUCAUUCCUCUACUGCAGGACAUAGUGGAUACACACCCUGGGCUCACAUUUCUGAAAGAUGCACCUGAAUUCCAUUCCCGCUACAUCACAACGGUGAUCCAGCGGAUAUACUACGUAGUGAACCGUUCGUGGACAGGUCGUCUCACCAUGAUGGAGCUGCGCAGAAGCAACUUCCUACAGACCCUGGCUCUUCUGGAGGAGGAGGACGACAUCAACCAGAUCACUGACUACUUCUCGUACGAGCACUUCUACGUCAUCUACUGUAAGUUUUGGGAGCUGGACACCGAUCAUGACCUCUACAUUGACCCCAAAGACCUGGCGAGAUACAACGACCACGCAUCCUCAAACAGAAUCAUUGAGAGAUUGUUUUCAGGCGCCGUCACCCGGGGUAAUGCGGUGCAGAGAGAAGGCAGGAUGAGCUACGCCGAGUUCGUCUGGUUCCUCAUAUCUGAGGAAGACAAGAAAAAUCCCACCAGUAUUGAGUACUGGUUCCGGUGCAUGGAUGUAGAUGGCGAUGGUGUCCUGUCCAUGUUCGAGUUGGAGUACUUCUAUGAGGAACAGUGUGAGAGGAUGGAAAGGAUGGGCAUCGAACCCCUGCCCUUCCAGGAUUUGCUCUGCCAGAUGCUAGACCUGGUCAAACCUGAGAGCUCAGGUAAGAUAACCCUGGGUGAUCUGAAGCGCUGCCGGAUGGCCCACAUAUUCUUUGACACCUUCUUCAACCUGGAGAAAUACCUGGACCAUGAGCAGAGAGAUCCAUUUGCUGUGCAAAAGGACAUUGAUAGCGAUGGUCCAGAGCCUUCCGACUGGGAUAAAUAUGCCUCAGAAGAGUAUGAGAUACUGGUGGCGGAAGAGACUGCAAAUGAACAGUUACAUGAGGGGUCAUUUGAUGAUGACUAUGAAUCUGAAGAGCUUCAAGUCCCUGGAGAGAUUGGGAAUAAAAUGGAAAAACUGGUCAUAUCAGACCUGUCGGCAUAAAACUCCUUCCCUGGAAUUCCUGGGCCUUUCAUCCUGGAAAACAGAUGGUUACCAAGUGAUAGAGGGUUAUUUAGGAUGGAUGCAUCAAAAAAUACGUGGAUGUAAAGACAGAGGGAGAAAAGGAUUCUGGCAUCUGUCUUGCAAUGACUCUGGAGUCUCCUCAGAAUGGACUCAUCAGUUUUUUGUGUGUGUGUGUGACUGUAAACCAGUACUGUUCUGAGUCUCGUGCAAAAAUGCAUCUGUAUUCAUACAGAAAACAAUGUCACUGCCUCCAGUUUUCCACUCCAUCUGAGAGAACAAAGCCAACGAUGGAGGGAGAAGUGCUCAAUAUGCUCUAAAAGGAAUCAAGAAAAAAAAAAAAAAGUCACUGAAAAAUAAUCUAAUUGCCAUCGAAUUGUCUGACAAUCCUGCCAGAAGACAAUCACCUGCAUUUUCAGUUGUUGCUGUGCUAAAGGAAGACCGACAGGUAGACUGUCAGUUACACAAAUAGACUCUUAGUUAGAGAAACAGGGAGACGGAAAUAGAUAAUGAUAGUGAUCGGCAUCGCGAUUCAAAACCCACAACAGUCAGCUGCUCAAUUAUAUCACAUACAGAAAGACACUGCCAUCAGAAAACCUGCUGCCUGUGCAGCUUGUCACUGUGUUUCUUGUAGAGGAAGUUUUUAAACCUCUAGUCCCUUCGGGGAGGAACCUUGUAACGUUUGGGUGGUUGUAACAGCACCCCUUUGUGGCCAGUCUGUACCACUGCAUGCCAUCGCUGUCAUGCACCGUGCGUAAUGGCUGGCCACCCUUUCCAAGAGGGAGUUCAGUUUACUGGGCGGCCUGAGCUGCUCUAUUCUUAGAGCAGCAUUAUCAGUGCUCCACCUCUGGAAUCCCUUUGCAAUCAUUUCUAAACGCUGGAAAAAGUUUCUGACCACAUGGACUGUAAUGUAGCAGCCAGUGAGUUAAUUAUCAGCAAGUCACAGUGAGAGAUAUGCAAAUAAAAUGAUGCAUGUUGACAAACAUAUCAAACUCUCUGGUAGAGUUGCCCACACAUUUCCACCUGUUACAUUUGUAAUAAUAUAUGCACAUAAGAACUGUGAGUUGUUCCUGCCUGCCAGUCUCAUGCAUUUAUCCAGCACAUCCCACUGUAACUUUCUCACAUCCUUGUUGAUUGUGUACAGGAACCUGGUAAUUACUUUGAUUUGUCCUUGUCAUUUAUGCUAAAAACUUCAAUAUUUCUGCUCAUUGUUAUAUACCAUUUGUUUCUGAAACUUUCUAAUGUCCAUUCUCCCCGUAACACAAACCAAACACACCACUGAGGAUGCCUUUUUAAAGCAUCAGUAUAUCCAAUUUAUGAAAAAACAUACUUUCUCACAGUGUGCGUAAGGUUUUUUGUUGUUUUUUGCCCAAGCUUUGAGAUAUCUGUCCCUGAGAGUUCAGCCUCCAUCCCAUUACAAUGGAAGUGAAAGAAAUGUUUUUUGCGGCUCCUACAACAUAGAAAAUUAGAUUAACAUUUAAGAGCAACCUCUCUGAAACAGUGUCCUUAUUUCUCAAAAAUAAUCCACAGAUCACAUUGUGAACAGUUUCCAUUGGAACUACUUUCUAUUGAGGAAAUAGUCCUGACAUUGAGGUUUGUGGAGAGUAACAGGACACUGUGUCUGGCAAGAUGUAAUGCUGUUGAAUUUCUGAAACUUUAAUUUGUUCAUGCUUUGAGCACCACAGAUAAAAUUCCAUUCAUUUCCACUGCACUGAAAUGGAGGCAGAAAUCUCAAAGCUAGAUCUCUUUAAACCUGGGCAAAUAAAAUCCAAACUAUUUACAUAGAUUGAUAACACUAUGUGAGAUUUUGUCUGUAAAUUUAUAUGAACUGACCCUUUAACUCCAUUAUUUACUGUACUGCAUUCACCGGGAUAAGUGCAUGUGUGUACACUGCCCUCACUGUAAUAGCUAGGAGUGUGUGUUUGCUUAUAAAUCACUGAUAGAGGAGUGUGUUUUAGGAGCGUGUGAUAUGUAGCUCUCAGUUUCGGGCUGUUUAUAUAUCAUAGUCGAUGCCAUGGGGAUGGUGUUCCUGGGGAGUGUGUAUGUGUGUGUGAGCGCACACUUGUAUAAUUCUGUAAUUAGGAAUGGGACAGCGCUUGUCCUCAAUGGCUUCAGAUUUACUGGCGUAUACCUCCGUUACUGACACGUGAUGUACACAGACACACUUAUACACACACCACAGAACUGUUGCUGUUGAAAGGGAGAAAAAGAGUUAGUGGAUACAGUAAGGCCUUAAGGACCUUGAGUUUCCCUCUUCUGCUCUGCAGCCAUUGUAAAUGUGCCUGACUGUGUAUUGAACUGUAUUAUUAUUAUAAUAACAGUAAUAAUAAGCCAUUAUAGAUAUAACGGCUCUGAUUUUUGAUGUAUUUUGAUGGUUUGUAUUGUUGUGCCACUGUGUGGCUCGGGACAGGGGGGUAAAUUAUGUUAGAUGUGUGUAUAUUUGUGUGUUAGAUGCACAGUGGAUUUCAGUGGAGGAGGGGGAAUCCUUUGGAGGACUGAUCUGAAGCUCCGACCACCUGACAAUCACCAAAUUAUGAGACACAGGACAUAUGGAACCUCUGAGACUGAUGUUUCACUGCUGUGGUCAAACACACUCUCACACACUCAUGGAGAGUUUUUCACCCAGACGAUAUUUAAAAAGAACUGUUAAAGGCGAUGGGAUGUCUCUGGUUGAUAACUUUCUGGCUCUAUGCAAAGUGUCCUGGUGCUCAAACAUGCAGCAUCAGGCAAGGAGAGAAGCCAUGUGGGACUUCUACUUUAAAAAUUAUAUCUCUACUGUGAGAUGUAGAGAAAAAAAACUUUUAUUUUGAUGUACUUCCUCUGUGCAGAGGAGACUCGAGUAGGCUGAGAUGUGAUGCGAAUCCUGAUGAUUAUUGUAUUGGCGUGGUUUUCUUUCUUUCUGUCCAUCACUUUUUCUUUCUUUAUUUUUUUUUUUCUUCUCUUCGUCCUGUUC